GCGGUUUUGCAGAUAGGCUUGUAGUACAACUCUCAAGCAAACAAUUAGAUCUUGGGUGAGAGAGCUUCGCUCAUUAACGUCAUAGGGUUCCAAAUAUUUCUCUGAUCUCCCUCCUAUUCGGCUACAAGGCAGAAUCGCAAAUGGUUGACGGUGCUCGCCCCAUCCGGUCUGCAAAGUCUGGUAAUGAUUGGACUUUCAAUGAUCUCAUGGCAUACAAUAUCACCGUCACGCCUCAUUCGCCUGAACAGUUUUUUCGUCAAAACCAUGGAAUGCUCCUGGAGGGUGUAGAUCCGUCACUCCUUAAUUCCACCCUUGAUGACGAGAAUAUCUCAGACGCCGUUUUCGAAUAUCUAGGCCAUCUUGAUCUGGCUACCAAUGCCACUCAAGAAAGUUUCAUUGACGCAUUUGCUCAGAAAACUCUUCACAUACUCGGCUUUGUUGAACGUGGCUUAAUCCUUACCACACGUCAUAAUAUCGCACUACGGAUCUGUGGCGAUGACCAGCGAGUUGCCCAAACAGGCGUGUGUCUGCUCGAUCUGCGAUCGAUGAUCUUGCUUGUUCUGCACCCAUCUUCUAUCUCGUCCCUGUCACAGAAGCGCUCAGCAAUGCGGUUGCCACUGGCCAGUAUCCCGAAGCUAAAACAACGGUCGUGAAGUGUGUCACCUCUUUAGGGCACAACCGUCGAAUCAGCGAAGGCAUGGAGACGCCGGAGUAUAGGCGCGUUGCUUUUGAGCGUUUUCUCGCAUUCAAAGCACUUGCGAAGGAGCAUUGGCAGACAUUCAUUGUCUGACUUACGUCCUUUCCGUGAUUUUUUUGUAACGAUUAGUUUCUUGAUCCGACUGGUGUAUGUACUGUAAAAACUAGACAAUGUAGGGUACUGCAUGCGCUGCGAGAUAAUACUUGGCUCCAUUUUUCGUGUCAUGGGACACAAACAUAUGAUGACCCCUUCAAUUCUGCCUUUCUCAUGCG